AUGUCUUCUUCGACUUACACCUUCUACCCGCCCGGGCCUGACACCGAGCAACCCCGCAAUACCUCACCUCAACUUCCUCAAUACCUCAAUCCAUUCUCACCACAGCUCGAUAGCAGCUCAUCCUCUCCAGGGUUAAACGCCCACACGCCUGCCGACUCAGUGUCUACCCUGAGCGUCCACUACCAGUCCAGCGAGUUUACGGAGGCAGACGACCCAUUCUUCGGCGUUAGCUUCAACCCCCUCGACGGCGGCGCCUCACCAUCUUUCCUUGACGACGACAUCCUAACCUUUAAUGAUAACGGGCCGCUUGCCGACGGCCUCGGUGUCCAAGCUGCGCCCGUUAGCACGCAGCAUGUGCGCCCGGCUGUACCCUACUUGCCCCUGAGCCCCGAUAAGAGUCCCUCGCUACCUGGGGGGUCGCCGAACGGGCAGUUCAAGGACGAGGCGGCCACACGUGGCAUGUUCCCAGACUUGAUCCGCACUUCAGUUUCGCCUCAGGACUUGUCGCUCACACACCAGUCCUCUCAUGGGCAGGAGGGCAACCCUUCCGGUUUUCAGUUGACGCCGAAGACCAGCAACAGCGCCAAAUCCAGCGACGACGGCACUGUCCCGACCGCCGCCAUGCGGAGCCCUCGUGUUACCGUCUCCCAUUGGGAUCGGGAUUAUUUUGGAGGAUCCCAUGCCCCGAAUACCAAUCAACCCCAGGGUAGCGGCACUCCCACCUUCUCAACAGACCGCGAUGCCGCCGGCCGGUGGAUCCCCAACCAAGUCACUGGGCAGGGUGGGCUGGAUCCUACGGCCCGCUCGACCACCCAGGUCGAGAGCAUCAACAACUUGGCUGCUCAGCGAGAUCGGGAUGAGCGCAACGAGGGGGUCAAUGAGUGGUUGAAAAGGUCGCGUUCCCAUUCCACUCCCAAUCGCGGGGAGCAGCUACCGGCUACGCUGAAUGCGCCGAUUGCGCCGAACGACGACGACGACGAUGAUGACAACAUACCCCAACGGGAGAUUUCCGCGGGCGAUAGAACGGAGAAUAAACAAGUGCCUGGGCAGACGUACUAUGUCGAGACUGGAGGAGCGCUAACUCACGAGGAUUUGGAGAUCAUGCGCCAGGCUCGCGUGUGGGAAGAUGCGCCCUCCCCCUUCUCUAUUUCUCAGUCGAGCUCCACAGCCUACCAACCGCAGAGCUCCCAAGCCGCCAUAGAAAAAUACCAGCAAAUGUGCCGGGACACCGAUUCGAUCGUGUCGAGAGCCGCGACCUGGGGAACCCGACGACUCAGCUUACCCAGCAUCAUGGAUGCUGACGUUCAAGUCGCCGGCAAUCUGUUCAAGAAGCUAUCGCUCAGCCGGGGAGAUACGCGGCGGCCAAGCCUCCUUCAGAAUAUCCGCGGCCUUGUCCGGAAGCCGAGCAUCAACUCGGGCAAACGCAAUCGCGCUGAACCGGAUGAUGCAAGCUCCUUCGUGACCGUGUCUUCCAUCGAGAAGAAGGACAGCCAGACCAAGCUCGCGCCCCCCAGCCCUAAACCAGGGUGGUCCAGAAAACAAAGUGUCCCGAGCAUCAACACUGCAUUCUUGGACGUUGGGAACAGGAUCGCUUCUCUAGGCACGAACCAUGGCCGAACGAGCUCCGCCAGCGCGACUCCCGUCACCUCACCCAAGAGCCCAAGCGGCUUUAAUUUGAGCGUGAAGAAGCCCCUGAACCGCCUCCGGAGCAAGUCGGAGACAUCCGGCAUCAUCGACUUGUGGAAGAGGGCUGGUGGGCCGCCAGUGCCCAACACGAAAGCGACUGCGCCCGAUGACGAGGACGAGGACGAUGAGGACGAUUUGUACGAAGAUGGCGAUAUGAAGGACGAGUCAAACAAACUCAUGGACGGUAUCACACCAAAUCUGGCGGGCUUCCAGCAGCACGUGUUGAAGUUGAACCCUCUUUUGGCAACCUCCAACAAUUACUUGGUUGAGCGCAUCGCCCACCAGCAGUGCCAUCGGUAUAAGAACCUCUUGAACCUCAGGGUGAAGCACCUCCAGGCCGUCGCCGCCAGGAAUUGUUCUUGCGGAUCCAUGUGUAUCGCUAUGGGCGGUAGCGCCAACAUCCUGGAUUCGAAGGGUGGAGAGCGCGGCCUCGACCCCCUAUCUGCGAGAUACGACGGCUCUGAUGGCGAUAUCACGCCACUUGAGGGGACGAUCAACCCGGAUAGCUUCCCCCAGGAUAUUCCUAUGCCCCCAUUCCCCCCUACCUUCCCAGCCAAAUCGGAUCAACACCACUCCUUUGGUUCGCAAUCUGGAAUGCCCCACGGCCCGAUGUCCCGCCAGCCCGGUCCCAUGGCCUACCCGCAACAGGCCCCGCCGCUGGGGAUGUACCCCAUCGCACCUCCUUCCCAGGGAUACCCGACGGGGAACCUUUAUAGCCCGAACUUCGACGGCCUCAGCCACGGCAUAGGCCAGGGGCAGAUCAACAUGUCCCCUAUGGCCCACCAUCACCAGCACCAGAACCAGCUCCAUAACCAGCACCAGCACCACGGCUUCCAGAGCCUCAACUCCCAGGCCGCCUUCUCCAAUCUACCUGUCACGUCAAGUGCGGGAGCGUACAUGUCGGCGCCCCAGGCGAGCCCGAACUACAUGCCCAUGGCGUCCGACCUCGAACCCUUUCCGGCGCUGGAUAUGGAUGUACUGGGGCUCGGGCUCCAAAACCCGACGGGCGCGGCGGGACAAAUGCCGUAUGGUGGCGGUGGCGGCGGGCUGAUCGACCCCAACUUGGGACUCGGGGUUGAACAGCAGCAUACACAACAGCAACAGCAGCAGCAGCAUCAGCACCAACAACAGCAGUUUACGCCGCAGGGGUCGGUAUCGCCUUUCGUACGGUCGCCACACGCGCCCCAAGGGGACUUCUAUCCCUAG